AUGCCCCCAGUGACAAACCUAUCGUCCGUCACUGGGCUCCCCGUACCAGACUGGUACAUACACACUACCGAUGCUCGUUUUGUCGAUACAAAUGGCCGGACCCUUCUCCUUCGUGGAGUGAAUCUCUCUGGUUCCAGUAAGACUCCGGUUGGCUGCCCAAGCCAGGACCUCACUGGCUUCUGGGAGACCGCAGAAGCUGGCGGGGAGAGCUUUAUAGGGCGGCCGCUCAAUUUAGAUGAUGGGUCUGCCGAUGUUCACCUAGCAAGAUUAAGAGGAUGGGGUUUCAACAUGUUGCGCUAUGUUGUUACUUGGGAGUCUUUAGAGCACCAGGGGCCUGGGAAAUAUGAUUACGAUUUCAUGGAUUAUACCGUUCGCGUUCUGAGACGGUGUAAAGACUUCGGAUUCCGAGUAUAUCUCGACCCACAUCAAGAUUUGUGGUCACGCUUCUCCGGCGGGUCUGGAGCGCCUUAUUGGACUCUGGCUGCAUGCGGCUUUGAGCCACGAAAUUUUUCGGUCACAGAAGCAACACUCAUUCACUGUGAAUACCCUGAUCCCAAUAACCCGAUCCCGCAUCCUUCCCUGCCAUGA